UUCCCGCCGACGUCACGCGUCUUUUGCGGCGGGGUGGAGGCGUGGCGAAGGGCUAGGACCCGGCCGGUUCGGGGCCGGGGGCUUCUGUCAGACCACACUACCUCGCUUCGCUUGGCGCGCUUGCACGCGGGUUUGUCAGGUGGCAGAGCGGGCGCGUGCGAGCCCUAGGCAUUCCGCCGCCAUGAAGCCCAGGCGGGAGAAGAGAACACUCCUGUGAAGACAGAACAAGCAGCAUGAUGGAUUCAGAAGAUCUUGUCCUUAAAAAAUCCACAGACCAAGUUGGUCACCGCAUUGUAAAUGUUAGCUCAGGCAAACAUUACUUCUGUGGCUAUUGUGCAGCCAUUACAAAUGUUGCAAUCACUUUUCCUAUCCAGAAGGCUCUCUUUCGACAGCAGCUGUAUGGCAUACGAACCAGAGACGCAAUACAUCAGCUGCAGAAAGAUGGGAUCCGGAAUCUAUACCGUGGUAUCCUUCCUCCACUGAUGCAGAAAAGCACAACUCUGGCAUUGAUGUUUGGUCUGUAUGAGGACUUGUCCUCUGUACUCCUCAGACACAUGAGUGUACCUGAAAUUCUGACCCGGAGCUUGGCAGCUGUGCUUGCUGGGACCACAGAAGCUGUCCUGACCCCCUUUGAGCGUGUCCAGACACUUCUUCAGGACUACAAGCAUCAUGACAAAUUUACAAACACCUACCAAGCGUUCAAAGUUCUUCGAGAGCACGGGGCCAGGGAAUAUUAUCGGGGGGUGGUGCCAAUCUUGCUUCGAAAUGGUCCCAGCAAUGCACUUUUCUUUGGUCUGAGAGGACCAAUCAAGCAGUGUUUGCCUGAAGCAACAACUUACAGUACUCAUUUGAUCAAUGAUUUUAUCUGUGGAGGGCUACUGGGUGCUAUGCUGGGAUUCCUCUUUUUCCCACUGAAUGUUGUAAAAGCCCGCAUGCAGUCACAAAUUGGAGGGGAAUUCCAGUCCUUCUCAAAGGUUUUCAUGAAGAUUUGGCAGGAGCGUGACAGAAAAUUAACACACCUGUUUCGAGGAGCCCAUCUGAAUUAUCAUCGGUCCUUGAUUUCCUGGGGCAUAAUCAAUGCCACCUAUGAAUUUUUGCUCAAAUUACUGUGAAAAGUAGUACUAUUUGUGAAGUUCACUUUCGCCAUUGGGCAUCGGACAACAUUGAGCUAUUUUCGGGGAGCAAAUUCUACUAAACACUGAGCUCCAGAAUUUUUGGGUAACUUCAUUGCAAAAAUGAUAGCUUUUUCAUUAAAGUAUGUUGGUGGUUCUAAUCAGUGCCUACUUAGCUCAAAAUGUAACUGCAUUGUUUUAUUAAUGCCUUUCAGUCUGAGUGGGACUGUCAGAAGUACGGCUAGUUGAAAAGUUUCCUCAAGUAUAAAGAUGCCAGAAAGUGGAUUCAGCUGUAGUUAAUAAACCAAAUUUUAUUUUGGCUGUUGGCCUAUAAACAGCUUGCUCCGGCUCACCAUCAACUUUUUUUUAAACACUCCUGGUGAAUGCACUUUGAAGAAAUGUAACAAGGCAAAAGAUUGAUACUUUCGUGUUUAGUCCAUUUGUAACAAAUGGCAGCAUUCUGUAGUAUAAUACUUCAAGUUUUCCAUUUUUUACUCUUUGAAAAGACUGCCAAAUUUGGAAGAUAAAUAUCUCUAACCAUAAGAUUCUGCAGAACCUGUCAAAUAGCUUUUGCUAGGCCACUUGUGUCAAGAUUUAAUAUUUAAUUUCAGAAACAGAAUUCACUGUAAAGCCCGGUGAUGGGAUUAUCUGCUUAAACAGUAUGUGUGGGGUGGCUGGGAAGGGAAGGAUGAGAAAAGCUUUAUCUGAAAAGCUUUAAAGUGACCUUCAUACUAUAGUACCCCCUAACUUGUCACUUUGCUUUUUUAUACUACUAAAUUUGGCACAAGUGGGUAUACUAUCCAGAGUGUGACGUCCUUUUAAUCAUUCAUUCUUCAGCUUUGUAAAAUGUGGAGGAAUUUUAACUAGAGCAGUCUAGCUGAGAUGAAGCAGUUUGUUCAUAUUGGUUUCAGUGGCAUUUAAAACUGUGCCCCAAGUUAAUAGUUUCCUAGAGUCCUUGCACAGCUAAUCUGUAUUCAUAUCUGAAAUGUGGGCUUUGGAUGCAUCAAUCUUGAAUGCUCUAGUUAAGGAUUUUUAAUGAGCAUCAGUGGAAAUGACAUCUAGGUGUUAACUGUGGACAUUUUCACUGUGGUGGGAAAGGAGUUUCUAGAACUAAUAACUUCGUCCAGGCACGUGGUUCAUAUUGAUGAAAUGGGAUCCCCACCACCCACAAAACCCUUAAUGUAAACUGGAGUCUAUACAAGUAGGACCUUGCUCACAAGAUCAGUCUACCCUUUCACAGCAGAUGAAGUUUGAUUGGGGUUCUCUCUCAUUUACAAUCUAUACUCUGAUUAUGAACUGGCCCCUAGUGUGAUGUGAAGGACCAUGCAUGUUUGUUAAGGAAGUAAGCAGUAAUAUUGAGAGAAGCCCAUGCAAGCAUUGCAUGAAACAAUUUUUCUGUAUUCAAUCAUGCUGACAAACAUUUGUGUGUUUAGAAGUCAGGUAAAAAAUGAAAUAUGGACAGAAGCAACACGAGGUCUUGAGACGAACAUCAAGGAGGAAAACAAGUCUGACUACCACAAUGAUGCCCAGACACUUGAUUUUUUUGUAUAGUUUUAAAGUGCAAACAGGAUUUGAUAUUUUCCUAUUUAUGGUGUACAGGAACACAUCCCCAGGCUGAACUGAUUAUCUUAAUGUUAGUGUGAGUUUUUUAAAGUGUAGUUAAUUCCCCACAAUUGAGGGUAUGCUUUUUAUUUUACCUUACUUUACACCUUGCCUAUUAUAUGCCUGAUAAAUUACUCUCAAGAAGCAAUUAAUCCUGUUCCAACAUAUCCAGUUUCUUGACACUUGAACUGUACCAGUGUAUGCUACUUAACUUCACAGUCAGAUUGCCAAGCACAAAAAGAAAGAGUGUUUGAUAUGUUGAAUGUUGUGAUUAUAUGCAUUUCAAUAAAGUGUCUGUUGAAUGUUUCUUACUGGUAAAAUCCAAUUUUACCAGUGUAUUUUUUGUAACUUUCCCUUGAUGGAAUAAAAAAAAAAGUAAAUCUUG